AUGGACGGCCCAGAAUCUGCGGCUGGUGAGCGGACGUGGGUCCGCUUCCUUGGAUAUGCUAAUGAAGUUGGUGAAGCAUUCCGGGCACUGGUACCUGUAGGUCUGGUCUGGGCCAGUUAUGGAAUAUCAGCUGCAUAUGUGACAGCUGAUGCAGUGGACAAGGGAAAGAAAGCAGCUGCCGCUCACGGAGACAGGCCUGGGAAAACUAUGAAGGUUGGUGCAGCAGUCGUGGAUACUUUUAUCCGGCAGGCUUUGGCAUCAGUUGCGGUUCCAGGUUUCACCAUCAAUCGACUGUGCGCAGCUUCCCUUUUUCUCCUACUGAAAACUACGAGGUGGCCACUGCUUGUGAGGAAGUGGACAACCACGGCAAUUGGACUGUCUGCCAUUCCAGUUAUUAUAACUCCCAUCGACAAGUCAGUAGAUUUUCUUUUGGAUUCUACGUUACGGAAGUUGUAUGGAACGGAAGAACACAAGCCAUAA